CACGACUGCACGCAAUCCCAUCCGAAGAGAACAAGGAAGAAAGAAAUGAAUACCCCCAGGACAAAUAGAUUUCACAUGAAUCCGAUCAGGGGCAUAAUCCCGCGCCAUCUAGAACAUGAUGCCACACGCACAUCACUCACUCCCUCCCCUUUCCCUUUCCCUCUCUCUGCUUUAGUCCCUUCUCAAUCCUCAUGGAACCUUUUACCCCAUGUUAUCCUCAUUUUCGUAACUCUGACCUUGGUUGUCUAUUCCAUUCCACGAUGCCUAUCAAGACUGAUCCCCUACCCCCGCUUGAAGAGACAGGGGUGGACAACAAUGGGCCCCUGAUAUCAAUCGUUACGUUUAUUUCUUUUUCUGUCACAUUCAUCGUAGUCCUCAUCAAGACUUGGUCCAUGGUAUAUCUAAAGCGGGUGGUACUUUCCGUCGAUAUUCCAAUAUGGGCCAGCACAGUGCGGC